GCCGCUUUGGGGAUAGGACUUCCGCCGGAAGGGCGGUCGGGCUCCGAACUCCGAGUCAACUUCCGGCUGGUGUGGGGCCCGGAGCGCCGGCGGGGCCGUGCGGACUCCCGCGGAGAUGGCGUGCGCAGCCGCGCGGUCCCCGGCCGACCAGGACAGGUUUAUUUGUAUCUACCCCGCUUACUUAAAUAAUAAGAAGACCAUAGCGGAGGGGAGGCGGAUUCCCAUAAGUAAGGCUGUAGAAAACCCUACCGCUACUGAGAUCCAGGACGUGUGCUCAGCAGUUGGACUGAAUGCAUUUCUGGAGAAAAACAAAAUGUACUCCAGAGAAUGGAACCGCGAUGUGCAGUACAGGGGCCGAGUCCGGGUGCAGCUCAAACAGGAGGACGGCAGCCUCUGUCUGGUGCAGUUCCCCUCACGGAAGUCAGUGAUGCUGUAUGUAGCAGAAAUGAUUCCCAAGCUAAAAACAAGGACACAAAAAACCGGCGGUGCUGACCCCAGUCUUCAGCAAGGAGAGGGGAGUAAAAAGGGGAAGGGGAAGAAGAAGAAAUGAUGCGGUGUGAACGUGACGCACACAGUCCUGCUGCGAGAGACCUGGGCAUCUUUGUGUCGGAGGGAACAGCUUUUGUGUCUGUCAUUUAACUGAACUGUGAACAGUGUGUCUCCCGUCUUCAUCAGCAGUUAACAAUGAGAUAAGUUUACAUCCAAAGUCUGCAUCCAGCUUUUAUACUGUCAAAAGGAAAGGUGUGUGUGCCGAAGAAAGAAGACUAUUUUUAACAGAUAAUGACUGUCCCGUAAGUUACUUGAAAUCCUGUAUCUGUUUGUCCUCUAUGUAAACAUAUAUUUCAGGUAAAUAAGUUUAAUAAAAUUUGAAAUACACAUUUUGUUCACCUUUUAAGUUAAUGAAAUAAACAAUUUAAACUGA